ACUGAUAGUCUGCUUCUCUCUCUGGUUGAAUCUGUAAAAUCACAUGUUUGACUUGAAUACAAACUCCAUUGCACAUUAUUAUGAACCACAAUGUGACUGAACCUAAAAACUAAGUUGAGCUUGUUUGCCUGUAAACUUUGGCGAAACACUGCCCUCUGCUGGACACGUGACUUCCCUGCAAAUGAAUCAUACAGAUAAUCAAUCAUUAAUUUUACCAAAUUUAACAGGAAAAAAUACAUAAUUCUGCCACAGUCCAAUCAUGGAAGACAAAUGAACACAAAACCAAUAUAUAUUCUUUAAAUACAGGAGAAGAAUUAUUUUUGUUUGUUGUGAUUUCAAGCACUACAGGUGUUUCCUGGCAACAGGUAUGAGGAUCCAAAUGUGACAGACAAUGGAUGUGGUCGAGGACAUAAAAGAGUCUCUUCAAAAGUCUGGAAUAAGGAGGGAUGUUGAUGUUUGCCAACUCAGCCUGGCCACAAAAAAACUCACCAGCGUCCCCGACUUAUCAAGAUUCCACUUCCUGAGGACGUUGUGGCUGAAUAACAACAAGAUCAAAGAGCUCAGCUGUCGUUCCAUCAACUGCUGCUUGACUGAACUUUACCUUCACAACAACAACAUCAAGUCUAUUUCUGGGGCCCUCAAUCAUCUGACCUGCCUCCGACUUCUUUUCCUCCACAACAACCAGAUCAGAGGGCUGGAGGACACGAUGCACGAGCUCAGGAGGAUGCAGCAGCUCCAGACCGCAACUUUUGCCCUCAAUCCCAUCUCCCAUGAGCCCGGGUAUCGCCUCCAUGUGAUCCACUGUUUGCCUUCUGUCCAGGUUUUAGAUCACAAAGAGGUGACGUCAGCAGAGAGGAGACAGUCCUUCCAGAUGCACAGCCAGGAGCGCCACCGCGUCCUUCAGUCUGUGGCCUUCUGCAGGCGGGAGACAAAGUCCACAGGCUGACAGGAUGUUUGUUUGUGCUAAUAACUCUGUGGUCUGCAGAGUGCUUCAUAAUGAUCACUUAAAACCAUUUUAUUGUCCCGCUUACUCGGUGUAUCCGUAUUAAGGGGAACUCAACUGCUUUUACAGGCCACAGUCAGUUUACAGGUUUGGGGGAGGCACUACUGCAGAUAUAAAGCCUUUGGUGGCUUCAGAGGGAGCUGCACAGAGUCUAAAGACUACAAGUUUGAAACUCAACAAAAAUCCGGGCAUGUGGAGAUGACUGUAGCCAUGUUUGAGUUGCAUUCUGGGUAAUGUAGGCACAAGGUUUUGAUAAGGAAAAAGAAUGCAUGCUGCUUCAGUUUAGAUUUUCCAGGUUUUUCAGCAGUAAAGAGCUCAGACAUCAGAAGGGAGCUAGGAGUAGAGCCACUGCCCUUCGUGUCGGAAGGGAUCAGUUGAGGUGGUUCAUCAUCUGAUCAGGAUCCUCCUGGGUGCCUCCUGUUAGAGGUGUUCUGGGCAUGUCCCACUGGUAGGAGGCCCUGGGGCAGAGCCAGAACACACUGGAGGGAUUAUAGAUCUCAUCUUGGGGUCACCGACUCCAUGGCAAUAUUUUACUUCCUGUUUACAUCCCCCAAUGCUCCCAGAUAACAGGAAGUGUUGUUCCAAAUAUAAGAGCAUGACCAACCCCAAAAUUGAAGUAAGACUGAAAAAUUACAGAAUCCAAUAUAAUAUGGAUUUGGGGAGCAGAGCCACAGACUGCUUGCUGCAGGAGCACUGCCUUGGAUUGGGAUAAAUUAUACACAUGUACC